AUGCCUCGCGAUCUUUGGUAUCGCAUUGUUUAUUCGCAAGCACUCGAACAACAACUAAUAGGUACAAAAACUAUAGAAAAAAAUUGUAAUUCUGGUUUGUUUUUAUUCUUCAAAAAUCGUUUAGGCGGUGGAGAAUAUGUUGUUCAAAAUCGAUCAGUUUUACAUUCUCCAUCAUCAUCGUCCAAAAGAAAACAUAAAGAAGAUGAAUCUAUAACGGAUAAAUCAUCAUAUAAUAAUUUACAUAGAAACUUAUCCAAUACUAAUAAUUCCUUUCGCCAACAAACAAUGAAUACAGCAUUACCAUCAGCAUCUACUAAUAUGAUGAAGCUAGACACACUUGAUGAUCAUUUGAAAAAAUCAGGUAUAGAAUUCAAUGACGACACUUCAUCAUUCGGUAUUAAAGUACCAUCAAUUUCUUAUAAACCAUUUCCAAUGGAUAAUUUGGAAUAUAUCGCUGAAACUUUACCAUUGAAAACAGAAGAUCAACAUUGUGAUUCGCAAAUUCUUCGUGGCACAUCACCGGAUGCUGCACUUGAGCAACUGCCACCUAUUCCAAGUGCUCCGUCAGCGUCGAUUCUUUUAAAUCGUCAAUCAAAUUUCAAAGAGAUCGCUAGUUCAUCUAUUCAAUUCGAACGAUCCCAGUUGUCUAUCGAACCAUCGACUAAUAAAAUACCAAAAGAAACGUCUCAUAUUGAUUCAUUGGUGUCAUUCGAACAUCCAUUAUUUCAUCAAUUAAUUGAAAAUUAUUAUCUGGGCGAUAUUCCUCGACCUCAAUUAUUCAAACAACUAAAUCGUCGUUUGGCACAUAUUCAUCAAACAUUGAAAUCCAUGUCAUCGAAUGAUAUCGAAACAAAACUUAAAUAUAAAAGCGAUGCAUUGCUUAAAAAACGUCAAAAAUCUAAUCAAUCAUUGACUCACGAUGAACGCAUAGCCAUGGCUGAGCUUGAACUUAAUGUUUACGAAUAUUCAAAAGCACUUGACGAGCCAUCAUCAAAAUAUUUUCGUAUUAAUAAUAAUAAUGACGAGUUCGAAAAUGAAAAAAGACAAUCAAUUCAUCCUUUAUUAUUAUCGUGUGAUACAAUUUUACCUGUAGUAAAAAAUACUGUUAUAUCGGAAACAUCGAUGUCAACAUUUACUAUAGUUCGACCGUCGACCAUCAGUCAGUCAGCGGCACUUCUAUCAACAGAAACUCAAUUUAGUGAAAAUACAGAUAAAUUUGUUUUAUGGAAUCAUCCACUGUUAACAAAUCUAAUGAAUACCUUUGAACCAAUGGCACCAUUAUCGAAAGCACAGAUUCAAAAACAAUUGUCUCGACGACAUGAACAUAUUUGUAAAAAAGCAAAAGAACUUGAUAGAAUACAAUUGCAAGCACGUAAGAUUAACGAAUAA